CCCAGGGACGGUCUUCAGAACUUCUCACAUGAGCUCACUGACAAAGUUUAUGAGCUCAUAAAAAGUCACAACAUCCCACAGGCUCUUUUUGUGCCAGCUGGCAAGAGCGUGUCUGACUCUAUUCUUUUGAAGCUGAAGACAGGAUUGAAUGCUUCUGAAGAAUCUAGGGAGUUUCCAUCUGACCUUGUAUACUCCUUUGCUACGGAGUCAAUAAAACGUCUGCUACAACAGAUUGUCUUCUGGCUUCCUCCACCAUCACAAGGAUCCGAUUUCUGCCAAACUAUCAUCUCUGAUGAUUCUCUGCAGGAAACAAGUUGGCUUAUGCCGAGCUCUUCUGCCAUCUCCGUUAGUUCCUCACAGGUUUACUUUGACACAAAGAGCCUUUUCACCAAUAUAAUGGUCGAUCAGGUCAUGGAUACCUGUUCUGUGGCCUCCAAUUCAUCAGAAGAAUUAUCAGAGUUGAUGAACAUAAUCAAUGGGUUGUCCCCAACUGAUGCUGGAACACUUGACUCUGACAGACCGGCUCUCAUGACCACUAGCCGUCAGUCUAGUUCCAAAUCAUUGCCUGGACCCUCUCUGUCUGGCAGCAGCACACACAACGGUGGAACUGUGGAUAUUCAAGUUUUAGGAGAGGUGGAAUCCAAGAUGGACAACAAAGAUCUGGAGAUGUCUAGUGCCUCUGUGCAUCCAUCAACUCCAUCAGCCAUGGACUCUGAUACACAUGCAUCAUUUGACUCCACUAGCAAUGACUACACCUCUUUGGUACUUUUACUGAUUGUUAGAUUGCUGUCAAUGAUCACCCCUAUCACAUUACUGGAAUCCUCUGACAUUGGUGAAACAUCAAGAGUUCUCACAAAGAGGAUUCUGUCUGAGUUCUGUGGCACCUCAGGCCUUGAACCAACUCAAGCCUACCCCCAGAAUCUGAAAAUCAAAAAGAUUUUCAAGGCUGUCUACAAGGGGCUUCUUCAAGAAUUUGGGUCAGAGAAGAUGCUCCAGGUUGCAAUGAAGUCAACGGAUUAUGCAUUUGACGAUGCCCUGGUCAAAUCAUUAACUAGGGAACUACUAGCUAAAUGCAAUGAGGCUAGCUCUUCACCUCCCUCCAUGACACAGUUGUCAUCACACAAUGUACUUGGCAGUGACGAGGUAGGUAAUUCUGGGAUUCCAACAACUUGUAGAAAGGAAAAGAAGAGAGGAAGAUUCAGCGCUCUCUGUGGACUCAACCCAAAGUGUACAAAGAAGGUCAACAAGAAGAACCACUGCACUCCAACACCUUCCCAGAACCAGACCCCUGCCGUCAGUGAAACAGAGUGAUCUUCCUUGGCCUCAUCACAUGUCUCAGUUGCUCCUCCUUUGGAGGGAGGGGGACACCACCACGGGACAGCCCCUACACUUAUCGCUAGAGAUCGAACUUCAGACUCCCUCCAAAACCACUGAACCCUUCAACACACCGAGAGAGUUUAUGAUGCACACCCUUAGAGGGCGCCGGAACAGGAUAACUCCCUCCACCAUCACAAAGACACAGAGGAGGAUGAACUAUCCAAUACCCAGUGAGAGAGAACGAGUGACCUCAGUCGAACACAGCCAGAAAGAGGAGGUGGAAGAGGCCUUCGAUAGAGGAGGAGGUUACCCCAGAGGCCAUUCCUCCUGUUCAUGUGAGCAAGAAAGAGCAGAAGGCUUCUGAUCAGCCAAAUGGCAGGCAGAGGGAGAGGUCAUAGUGAUUCACACCCACAGAGAAAGACAACCCACACAAGCUCUUGGUUGAGAUGAACCACACAGAGGUAGAGGCAGAGGGCUUUCAGCGCUAGCCAGUCAGCCUGCCUGCUCUAAAUCCUCAAGUCAAUUGUAUUUAAAUUCAUGUUCAUUAAAGAUUUUUAUUCAAUAAUUGAAAAGUCCCAUUUACUUAAUGAUCAUUUUUCACUGUCUUCAACCCUCAAGAACCAGGGUUAGUCUGGGUCACCCUUUUACUGGGCAAACAGAACUUGCAUAUCGUCAAAGACUAGGCCGAAACGUUAAUCUUUUAACCUUGCUUGAAUAAAACAAUGCAUUUUUUAUAGUGAGCAAGAGUUGGGCUUUUUCCUUUUCUAUGAUGA